AUGAGGCUGAAGAAGCCGCUCCUUUUGCUGUUACUGCUGGCGGCGGCGGGACUGAAUGGACGGGACGCUCCGGCAGCUGGAGCAGAAGCGCUCAGCGAAAGCCACCCCAACGGCGAAUACGGCAUCAAGCUGUGCGGACGCGAAUUCAUCCGCGCCGUCAUCUUUAUCUGCGGAGGGUCCCGGUGGAAGAGGCUCUCCGAAAGCAGCGGGGCGGAGGAGCGGUCGCGCGGUGGUGGCGCCGGCACUGAGUUUGUUCAAGGGAUAGAGGAUAUAAAGCUGCAGUCAGUCUUAGAUCCUGAACUGGAGCAACUACAACACAUUGGACAGCAGCCACUGAAAGUCAUGUUUAAUUUAUAUGGUGAUUAUAAUGUAUAUGUUCCUGCUUCUGAUAACUUCAGUGAAUACAUCCGCCAAAUAGAGAGUGGGAUUCAGCAAAGGAGAGGUUUGGCAAAACUGAUUAAAUUAAAUAAUUUUCCCUGGGUCAAUAGUCCCCGGAGAAAACGUGACUACUCUAUGGGGGUGGCUGAAAUGUGUUGUAAAUGGGGAUGUACCAAAACCGAGGUUAGUAGACUAUGUUAAGAUUACGAUUACAUCCCUGUAUUUGGUUUUUUUGUAUCAGGGAAAUUGUCUUAGUUACAGGGCUAUCUGAUCGAAUGCUGUAGCGCAGGAACCAGUGAAGACUGUUAAUGUUUCAUUUAUUUUGUCUGCAAGUAACUGAUGGUAUCUUCACCUCUUUUAAACAUAAAAACUCCUACAUGCACAGCUGUCUGUAAAGCUCUUUUACAUUGCAUUUAUUUACCAUUUUUACAAAAAAAGUUUUUUUCUAUUUUUACCUGCCCUAAAAUAAUGCUGAGGUUCAUGUAAUGCUUGUAAAAUUAAAGCAUACAUUAAAGCUUGCAGAAUCUACA